AUGCCCAAGCGCAUUCACAGUGCCAGUGAUCGCGAUGAUACCAAUGAGUCAACUAGUACAACAAAACGUACUCGGAAAGCCACUGAAUUAAACAAUCUCUGCCAAGAAUUCUACGAUUCAUUUCGAUCGUAUAAAGCUGAAGAUGGUAGAACUCUUUGUGAAAAUUUCAUUCAUCUACCAGCUAAAAGGGGAAAUUCUGAUUAUUUUACUUCAGCCAAAGAACCAAUUGAUUUAACUGAAAUUCAGCAAAAAAUUCACUCAGAUGAAUAUGAUUCUUUCGAAGAAUUUCUUGACGAUAUUGAAGUACUUAUAAAUAAUGCUAAAAACUAUUAUCGAAAAAAUUCUAUGGAAUGGAAAGAUGCAAAUGAAUUAUCAAAAUAUUUUUAUUCAAAAGCAAAAUUUCAGUCGAUUGAUUCUUAUUAUUUCGACGAAUUUUUUACAGCAAUUUACAAUACUCAAAUUGAUGAUCGUCCUGUCACGGAUAUAUUCUUAUUUUUACCGUCGCGAAAAAUCUAUCCUGAUUAUUAUCUAAUAGUAACAAAGCCAAUAGAUUUGAAAAUGAUCGCAAUCAAAAUUCAAAAUAACCAAUAUUCAUCACUAGAUGAUAUGGAGAAUGAUUUAUUAUUAUUGAUUUCCAAUGCAAGAAAAUAUAAUGAUCCGAAAUCACAAAUUUAUAAAGAUGCAUGUGCAUUAAAAAAAAUUAUAACUAGUGUUAAAAAUGAACUUGAUGCAGCGCUCAAAACACCAAAUGAUCGAUUACGACUUACUAAACGUGAUGUUAUUCUAUCAUCAGAAGUUGCAAAUAUGGAAUAUCCAGAAGAACCCGAUGAUGAAGACAUAGUUCAACAAACGAUUGACGAUGCUGAUUCAGAUACAAGUUCACUUGGCGAUGGAGAUGAUUCAUAUAGAACACUAUAUAAUAGUGUUAGACAUUAUAAACUUGGUGCUCAAAGUUUAAUCGAUCCAUUUAUGAAAUUGCCGAAUAAGAGAUUUCAUCAAGAUUAUUAUGAAGAAAUACAGCGACCAAUUGCAGUGUCUAUCAUUAAAAAUAAUAUCAAAAAAGGGAAAUAUACAGAUUUAGGUGAUCUUGUAGAUGAUUUGAAACUGAUGUUUGAUAAUGCAAUGCAAUAUAAUCAAGAAGGGUCAUUAAUAUAUAAUAGUGCUAAAAAAUUACUGGAUGUUACUAUAAUCAAAGCUCAUGAACUUGGCUAUGAUGAACAAAAGCCACGAUUAAAGGAGGCUCGUAUAAACAUUCCAAUGAUUACUGUCAAAGAUGAAUAUCUCGUAUCAUCUAGUCCUCAGUCGCCAAAUUCUCAACGAAAUCGACCAUCAAAAAAGCCUAUGAAAUCACCUGAAGAAAACAUUCAAUCUAUCUAUACAUACAUCCGGGAAUAUCGAGAAAAUGAUAUUGGACUAAUUGCACCAUUUCUAGAAUUGCCAUCAGCUGAAGAAUAUCCUGAUUAUUAUGAAACAAUAGAACAUCCUAUUGAUAUGUCAAUCAUAAAAGAUAAAAUGGAUAAAGGAAUUUAUAAACGUGAACAAGACAUUAUUGAAGAUCUUAAUCGAAUGUUUAAUAAUGCAAAAGUCUAUAAUGUUGACGAAUCUUAUAUAUUCAAAUAUGCAUCUCGUCUUGAACACGCAUUAGCCAAUAAAUAUAAAACAAUGAUAAUUAAAAAAGAAAGACCAUCACAUCUAAAUCGAAUACCAACGAAAAAAUCUUUGAAUACGUUACAAGAUAAACUUUCUCAUUUGAUUCAAUCCAUAAAAUCACACACAAAUUGUCAUGGACGAACAUUAUCAACAGUAUUUUUAACACUACCAUCAAAAAUUGAUUAUCCUGAUUAUUAUGAAAUAAUUCAAAAACCCAUUGACAUUCGACGUAUUGAAUCACGACAAUAUUGUUCAAUUAAUGAACUAUCAAGUGAUUUAAAAUUAAUGUUUGACAAUGCUUUGUUAUAUAAUGAACCUGGUUCAAUGAUCUAUCGAGAUGCAUUAAAUCUUCAACGACUGUUCAUUGAAAAAAAGCGAGACUUAACACACAAUGAGAGUGUACAAAAUUUAGUUUGUGAACUAUUAAUCUGUUUAUUUAUACAAACAUUUAAUUAUGAAGAUCAAGAUGGUCAAUAUAUUAGUGAUUCAUUUUCAGAAUUACCUGAGCAAGCAGAAAAUGAACCAUUUGAUAUUGUAUAUACAUUUGAUAUGAUCAGACAAAAUCUUGAUCAGCGACGUUAUCGUCGAUUAGAUGCUUUUCAAACUGAUCUAUUUAAAGUAUUUGAACGUGCUAGAAAAUUAACUUUACCUCAUUCCAAGGUGUAUCAAGAUUCAAUCAAGUUAGAAAAAAUUUACCUUCGUUUACGUGAUGAAAUAUGUCAACAUGGUAGUUUACUUCGAUCACCAGCGCUUCUAUUCAACGAAGAUCGUCUACAACAUGAACUUGUUCGUGAACGAACAGAAAAGGAUUCAAUGGCUAAUACAAACAAUCAGAACAGUAUAUCACCGACUAAAUCAUCUGAUUCUGAUGAAAAUAAAGUAUCUGCGAUGAAAUCCAUAUCACGAACAGAAAAUAGUUCCUUAUCGAAAGGUCAAACUUAUUAUCUAGGUGAUUUUGUUUAUGUUGAAGCUAAUGAUGAAACAAAAGAGCCAUAUAUUGUUUGUAUUGAAUCUUUCGAACAUAAAGAUAACGAAGAUUAUCUGAGUGGUUUACAAUUUUGUCGACCUAAUGAAACAUAUCAUACACCAGUACAUAAAUUUCUUCGUCAAGAAGUUUUCUUAACCCAAUCAAUUGAAGAUUUACCGAUGAAUAAAAUUCAAGGUUUAUGUUUUGUUUCACAUUUCAAAGAUUAUUUUAAAUAUCAACCAAUUCUCGACGAUGAAACAGCAUUUCAAGAUCAAGAUGUUUAUGUCUGUGAAUCACGUUAUAAUAUGAAAACAAAAACAUUUAGAAAAAUAAAAUGGUGGAAUUUACCAGAAAAUACUCGAGUUAAAUUAAUUCAACGGGAUACUCCACUAGAAAAUAUACGCAUAGCAUCAACAUUGGGUAAUAAUAAUAGUUUAAUACAUCGUUCAUCAACUACAGAUAAUGAAUCAAUAAAUACGGAUAUUAUUGACAAACCUAAAGAAACAAUUUUAUACGAUGCAGUUAUAAAUGAAAAAUUAAAUGAAAAUGCAUCAAUUAAAAAAACAUUUUAUGAGCAAAUUGUUAUUUCAACACAUAGUUUUUAUAAAGUUGGCGAUUUUGUAUACGUUAAUAAUAUUGAAAAUAAUAACAAUAAUGAAUCGAAUAAACGAUUUAUUUUUCGGAUCGAUAAAAUUUGGAAAGAAAAUGAUUCAUAUUGUCUAAGUGGUACAGUGUUCAUUCAACCAUCUGAUAUUACAAACCGAGACCAAUUAAUCGUCACAGCAAAAUGUCGUUAUGAACGUGAAGUUAUAAAACGUGAUGGCCCAAGUACACAAAUUUCACUUGAUAAUAUUCAAGGCAAAUGUUCAGUCCUUUCAUUGAAACAUUUCUGUACACAUCGUUUAACUGAAAUUCCUGAAUCUGAUGUUUAUGUUUGUGAGUCGAAAUAUGUUACGGAUGAUCAUAGUCUUCGAGGUUUAUCAAAACCAUUGAAAAGAAUAUCCCUAUCAUUAAAAGCAACUGCUGAUGAAAUCUGGACUUUUCGUAAAGAACUUAUACUCAAACAAGAGACCCCUGGUGCCUUGUUCAAAGCAGUUGAUGAAAGUUCAACCAUGGAACUUGACGAUCAUUUUGAUAACCAUCUCGAUGGAGUUGAACGUCAUUCAAAUCAUGGAAAUUUUGAUACGAUGCAUAAUGGCAUUAAUCUCAAUCCAUCAUUAUCUAAUCGAUAUAAUAGUAAUAUCAUUAAUCGAAAAAGUAAUCGUCGUGGUCUACCAACACGUCCACCCUGUGGUUAUCUUAUAUUUGCAAGUGAAUCACGAAAACGUUUAAUACGUGAUAAUCCAGGUAUUCCAUUCGGUGAAAUGAGUCGAAUCAUUGGUGAUCAAUGGAGACGAAUACCACCACAUGAACGUGAAAAAUAUGAAGAAAAAUCACGUGAACGAGCAAGAGAACAAGAUACACAAGUACCAAAUAAUACCAUGGCGUAUGAUUCUCCUGUUAAUUCACCACGAAUAGUUAAUGGCGGUGUAGCAAUCAAUGGAUAUUAUCCAUCUUUUCCAAAUGUAUAUCCAAUGAACGGUGCUCUUCCAGUUGCUCUGAAACCACCUGCACAACCACUACCACCACCACCAGCAGCAGCAAUUAUAAAUCGACCACCUCGGAUACAAAGAGUUGCUCAUUCAGAAAUGUAUUCACGGUAUAUAGAACAUCUUAAAACUGAUUAUCCAUUUAUAUCAGACUGGCCUAAACAAUUGAAAACAUCUAUUGGUAAUAAUGGAAAUAUUCCAUCGAGACCAUUACCAUCACAUUGGCUUAUAAAUAAUAGCCCCGGUUUUUAUAAUAAUAUGUAUGAAGCUCUAUGGUCAAUGCGUGAUAAUAUGUGGUCGGAUGUUGUUCGUGAUGCAUUAAAUCUUCAACGACUGUUCAUUGAAAAAAAGCGAGACUUAACACACAAUGAGAGUGUACAAAAUUUAGUUUGUGAACUAUUAAUCUGUUUAUUUAUACAAACAUUUAAUUAUGAAGAUCAAGAUGGUCAAUAUAUUAGUGAUUCAUUUUCAGAAUUACCUGAGCAAGCAGAAAAUGAACCAUUUGAUAUUGUAUAUACAUUUGAUAUGAUCAGACAAAAUCUUGAUCAGCGACGUUAUCGUCGAUUAGAUGCUUUUCAAACUGAUCUAUUUAAAGUAUUUGAACGUGCUAGAAAAUUAACUUUACCUCAUUCCAAGGUGUAUCAAGAUUCAAUCAAGUUAGAAAAAAUUUACCUUCGUUUACGUGAUGAAAUAUGUCAACAUGGUAGUUUACUUCGAUCACCAGCGCUUCUAUUCAACGAAGAUCGUCUACAACAUGAACUUGUUCGUGAACGAACAGAAAAGGAUUCAAUGGCUAAUACAAACAAUCAGAACAGUAUAUCACCGACUAAAUCAUCUGAUUCUGAUGAAAAUAAAGUAUCUGUAAGUUGA